UAACAGCAGAACACAUGAAGAAUCUGCUCAUGAACACAUGAAGAAAAAAGCUCCUUUCUUAACUGAGUGGAUUUUUUCUGACUGUCUAUUGGUGAAUUGACAGGUCACAAUGUCACGACGGGACCAGAGGUUUCGGAGAGGAAUGAAAGGACGGUGUUCUGAAUGUGGCUGCAUCCUGUCUCACUGGUACUAUGAAAGAGAGGGACAGCUCUACUGUAAGAAGCACUACUGGGCCCGUUAUGGAGAGCACUGCCACGGCUGCAAAGAGACCAUCGCAACAGGACUCAUUAUGGUUGCUGGAGAGCAGAAGUACCACCCCGAAUGCUUCACUUGUAUGAGCUGUGAAAUGUUCAUUGGAGAUGGAGACACCUAUACAUUAGUCGAACGCACAAAACUCUACUGUGGCCACUGUUUCUGUCAGGGUGUCGACUCAUCUGCGAGGUCAGCUUCUCCACUCACCAAGAGUCCCCACAUGGUGGCACUGGUUUCUCUCCCUCCCCAUGCAGGCAGCAAACGAGGGCUGACUGUAGCCACCGACCUUAGCCAAGAAAAAAGCCCUGUUGUCACUGUGACAGGGUUAGAUUCAGCUGCCCUCAGCUCUGACCUGCUGUCCUCUGUCCAAACUGGUGACCGAAUACUAGAGGUUAAUGGCAUCCCUGUCCACAACAUUUCCCCAGAAGAGAUAAACUGUGUGAUCCAGGACACAAACAGACCACUGCAGCUGACCAUUGAACACAACCCGCAGUCUUCUGAUGACAUCCUUCGCUCAAACAAUCACCAGGACGACAUCAGCUGUUCUGAACCCUGCGUCCGUGACAAACUGUCUUCAACCCACAAACUCCCUAGUGUGGAGGAAGAGCCAAGUCCAGGGGAGGAGACAGAUGAACCGGGAAUGAGCCUCUCACCUCCUCAGCACCAGGGAAACACAAGAAUGCGAUCCAGACACAUUCUGCGCAGCUGCAGUAUAGACAAGUGUCCUCUGUCCCCUCGAGCCCUGUCACUUUUAUCUCAAAGGAGAGACAUGGUGCGCUCAGAGUCUCUUCGUGUGGACCCUGGAGAUCGGACCCAUCGCAUCUUCAGACCUUCAGACCUCAUCCAUGGAGAAGUGCUUGGCAAGGGCUUCUUUGGACAGGCUGUCAAGGUAACGCAUCAGGAGACAGGGGAGGUGAUGGUGAUGAAGGAAUUGAUUAGGUUUGACGAAGAGACACAGAAGACUUUCUUAAAGGAGGUGAAGGUGAUGCGCUGUCUGGACCACCCCAAUGUUCUGAAGUUUAUUGGUCUAUUUUAUAAAGACAAACGGAUAAACUUUGUUUCUGAAUACAUCCAAGGAGGAACUCUCAGAGAAACCAUCACAAAAAUGGGCAAGGAUUUUCCCUGGGGUAUACGAGUAAGUUAUGCCAAAGACAUUGCAGCUGGAAUGGCCUAUCUGCACUCCAUGAAUGUUAUCCACCGAGAUCUAAACUCACACAAUUGCCUGGUCAGAGAGAACCAGUCAGUGGUGGUGGCAGAUUUUGGACUGGCCAGGCUGGUGAGGGAGGAGAUAAAUCAGAGCACGACAUCCUCUCUGGAAAGGCCUGCGAAGGGGACACUUUCAGAGCUCCGCAAGCCAGACCGAAGAAAGCGCUACACUGUAGUUGGAAACCCCUACUGGAUGGCUCCUGAGAUGAUCAAUGGGAAAAGCUAUGACGAACAGGUGGACGUCUUUUCCUUUGGUAUUAUGAUAUGCGAGAUAAUAGGCAGAGUGAGUGCUGAUCCUGACUACCUUCCUCGAACGAAUGACUUUGGGUUGAAUGUAGCCAGUUUCCUGCAGCAGUUCCACCCUCCACAGUGCCCCUCGGCCUUCCUGCCGCUGGGUGUCCUCUGCUGUGACAUGGAUGCUGAUAAACGUCCUUCCUUUUCGAAGCUGGAGGAAUGGCUGGAAAACCUGCUGAUGCACCUGGACAUCGGUCUGCCUCUGCUCUCUGAGUUAGAGCAGCUCCGCAGAGCUUUCUGGCAGAAUCACAACCAGAACAAAACCCUUGAAUCUCAUGAACAAACCCACCGCUCGCAGCCAGUGAGACAGAGCCCCGACCACGAGCGACACUUGGACAACCCAAAGAACCAAAAAGAGUCUAAUCACCUCACUCAGAGCCAAGACCAAAACAGCACACCUGAAAGCCAUUCGGACAGAGAGCAGCACACACAUGACAACCAUGACAUGAGGACUGAGCAUGGCCGCUCCUGUUCCAGCAGCGACUAUAAGGACCACGCACAAAACAAGAGCCAGACGUGUUGCAGGUCUGUGAAAACAGCCUUGGGUGAGAAUGGGUCUGAAACCUAUGAACACAAUAACCCCAUAGGACAGGACACCCAGGAUGAGCCCUCACAACGGCUGCAGGUCAACAACUCACUGCUAGGCCGGUCCAACAGGCCCAGAAGGACAUGCAGAGCACUUUGGGACAGAUCUACAGAGGACAGUUCUUUUCUCUGAUUGCGUUUAUUUAAUGGCCGUGACCAAGCACCAUCUAUAAAGCACAGUUUUCACAGAUGAAAACAAUUUAUAAGGACAUUUGUGCCUUUUCAAACAGCUGGGAGAGACAUGGAAGGGUCAUAAAACUGUAUGUAGAGGACAAAUACAUGGAAAACCUGCAGAGAUAUAAAACUCAAAUUUAUAUGGGAUAUUUACAUGACUUAUAUGCUGCUUGACAGCUGCCAAGCACAUACAUAUCAACCAACAACCAUUAUUAUAUAAGCAGUGAUAAGCUAAAUUUGGACAGACAAUUUAUCAGUUGUGCUCUGGUGUCAACUUAGUCUUGAAGCUGUGAAUCACAUGGCACUUUAAACUUAAAGCUAAACUGCAUGAGUCAUUUAUUUAUCAUAAUGCCUUAUGUAUAUUCUGUUUAAAAGUUUCAGAUCAUGUCUAACAUACUGAGCUGUGAACAUAUAAAAGUACAAAUUAAUAAAUUAAAUUAAUAGAGGAAACAAAUUUAAUGUGAUGAGUUUAAAUCACUGUUGUUUGGCG